AUGUUCUCUCGAAUUGCUGCAAGAAACUUCUCAUCUUCUGCUGCCAACGCUUACAAGGUUUCUAUCCUGGGUGCUGCCGGUGGUAUUGGUCAACCUUUGUCCUUGUUGCUGAAGUUAAACGGUAAGGUGACCGAUUUGUCCUUGUACGAUUUGAAAUUGGCCAAAGGGGUUGCUGCCGACUUGUCCCAUAUCCCAACAAAAUCGGUCGUCCAUGGUUUCACUCUUGCAGACGAUGGUUUGUCCAGGGCUUUGCAGAAUGCAGAUGUCGUCUUGAUCCCUGCUGGUGUCCCAAGAAAGCCCGGCAUGACUAGAGAUGACUUGUUCAACACAAAUGCCUCUAUUGUCAAGGGUUUGGCCGAGGCUUGCGCUGAGAAUUGUCCUUCAGCUGCUAUCUGUGUUAUCUCCAACCCUGUCAACUCCACUGUUCCAAUAGUUAGAGAGGUGCUCAAGAGAAAAGGUGUGUUCAACCCUCAAAAGCUUUUUGGUGUGACCACUUUGGACACUUUGAGAGCCAAUAGAUUCAUCUCAGAGAUCGUUGGUUCCGACCCAGCUCGUGAGGAUGUUUCUGUCGUUGGUGGUCACUCGGGUGUCACCAUUGUCCCGUUGAUCUCUCAAACCCAGUACUCUGACACUAUUCCAAAGGAGAAGGCCGAUGCUUUGAUUCAAAGAAUCCAACACGGUGGUGAUGAGGUCGUUAAGGCCAAAGACGGCGCAGGCUCUGCUACUUUGUCUAUGGCACAGGCUGGUGCCAGAUUCGCCGGCUCUGUUUUAUCUGGUUUGGCUGGAGAACAGGAUGUUCUAGAGGCCACCUACAUUGACUCUCCUUUAUUCAAGGACGAAGGCAUUGAAUUCUUUGCUUCUAGGGUUACUUUGGGCCCUCAGGGUGUCAAAGAGAUUCACGGUUUGGGCUUGUUGUCCGUUGCUGAAGAGGACAUGAUUGCCACUGCUAAGGAAACUUUGAGGAAGAACAUUAAGAAGGGUAUUGACUUCGUCAAGGCCAAUGCAUAA